AUGUCUUUCACCCAUGUCCCAGUCUUGGAUCUCGCGUUAGCGAACAGCCUGGAAACUAAACCACAACUGUUGGAUGAGUUGCGUCAUGCCUUGAUGGAAGUUGGCUUCCUCUACAUCAAGAACACCGCCAUACCAAUUGAAGUUUUCGACCAGGUGAAGACUGCCGGGAAGGCGAUCUUUGAUAUUUCUGAUGAGGAAAAGUUGAAGAUCGAGAUGAAGAAUGCCCCUUCUUUCCUAGGCUAUUCCAAACUCGCGGCAGAGAUUACGGCCGGGAAGAUAGACCAACGUGAGCAGUUCGACUUUUCAACAGAGCACCCUCUUCCAAAACCAGGAGCACCUCGCUAUGAGAAUCUACGAGCCCCAAAUCAAUGGCCAUCGGAAGUAGCGUUACCAGGAUUUCGCAAGACUUUCACUGACUACAUGAAUAAGAUGGGCGAGAUGUCAAUCUCAUUCACUUCGUUGAUUGCUGAAGCAAUACAUUUGCCACAAGACGCAUUUGAGAAAUACUUUGACAAAGACCAACAACACAAGCUCAAGAUUGUCAAAUACCCAGAUCUUUUCACGCUUGGUCAGGAAGGAGCGGUGGAUGUGCAAGGCGUUGGUCCUCACAAAGAUUCGAUGCUUACGAGCUAUCUAUUGCAAGUCACAGAUCACCGUGGUCCUCAGGUGCAGAAUGUGCAAGGUGCGUGGAUUGACUGUCCGCCAAUCCCCGGUACACUUGUCGUGGCCAUAGGCCAAGGACUUGAGGCGCUCACACAGGGCGUUUGCGUUUCAACCACCCAUCGCGUCUUGUCACCGCCCGCCGGCUCUGGUGCUAGACUGUCAAUACCGUUCUUCCAAGGAGUGAGAUAUGAUGCCGAAUUCGAUGAACUGGAUGCUAUUGGCGUAGGAAAUGUUCCAGAAGAUAUCAGAGAACAACGUCGUCGUGUGGUGGAAAGAAAUGGUGGACGGAUCGAUGAUGUCGAGUUCACCUUCAAGAAAGGCAACAAAGCAAAGACCCUAGGCGAAGCUACACUGCGCAAUCGAGUCAAGAGCCAUCAGGAUGUCGGCGAGCGGUGGUAUCCGGACAUACUUAAAGAGUUCCGUGAGGAGUGGACUGCAGCAAAUUAG